AUGAUAGAUAGUAUAAAAUUUAUACCAACAUUGACGCCAACAUUUGAGCAAUGGAAACUAUUACCAGUUUAUCUAGCUCAUCAUGAAACUAGUCUUCAACGACGUUUUGGUGCUGUCAAAAUAAUACCUCCUAGUCGAUGGUCACCAUUAACAAAAAAUCCAUAUGAAUUACGUCAAAUAAAAUUUUAUAUAAAACAAGAAAUAAUUCGUUCAUCUCAUCAAUCCGAUGUUUUUUAUAUACAAAAUUAUGAAACAAGUAAACGACGUCUUAUGACAUAUGAAGAAUGUAAAAUAACUGCUGAAAGUGAUGCAUAUCGUGUGAAAGAUGAAAUAAGUAAUAGUUUUACAGAAUAUUUUUGGUUAACAAUUCCGAAUAAUAUAUCAUUAUAUGUACCAAAUAUUGAUGAUAGUUUAUUUGCAAAACGAGAAAAUGUUUUCAAUAUGACGCAAUUACCUUCAUUACUCAAAUAUUAUCCAAAACCAAUUCCAGGAGUAACAACACCUUUUCUUCAUAUUGGUAUGUGGUCAACUUCUGUUGGUCUUCAUAUCGAUGAACAUGAUCUUAUAUCUUUAAAUUAUCUUCAUCAUGGUGCUCCAAAAAUUUGGUAUAUAAUUCAUCCAUCAUCCUAUGCUAAAUUAGAAGAAUUAGUCAAUGAAUUAAAAUUAUUUUCUGAUAUAUCAUCUUGUUUAUCACCUCUACAACAUAAAUCUCUUCUUAUUAAACCUUCAUUUCUUCAAUUACAUUCCAUAGAAUAUUAUUAUAUUGAACAAAAAAUAAAUGAAUUAGUCGUUAUUUUUCCUGGUACAUAUCAUUUUUAUUUUGAUACUGGUUUUAAUUUAUGUGAAACAGUUAAAUAUGCACUACCAUCAUGGUUAGAAUUUCAACGACGUAGUCCAAGACUUUGUUCAUGUCCAAUAUCAUCGUCAAUUAAUACUAAUUUAAAUCGACGUUUUUUUACAAAUGACGUACUUCAAAAAUUUCAAAAUGAAUAUUUUACAUCAUCAUCAGCAACAUGUAUUGAUUUAUCUCUAGAUGAAGAUAAUAAUCAUACUAAUGAUCAUUUAAGUAUUGAACUAGCAGUGUCACCAACUUCGUCUACUAGAGAUCAUAGUAAUAUUAAUGAAACAACUGAAGAAACAGUAGUUCUAUCACUUAAUACUCCUAUGGAUAUAUCACUGAAUAAACAUACGACUUUACUUUCUUCAUCUUCAUCUUUAAUUAAUUGUGAUACAUCAACAUCAAAUGAUUUAAUAUCAACAAUGAAUACUAUCAAUGAACACGAAGAUAUUUGGAAUAUAUUCGAUCAACUUUCAGCACCAAUAAAUUCUAAUACUCUACAACAUUAUCAUCCUUACAAAUCUUUUUCAUCUCCUAUUCAGAAUCAUACAUCACCUAUGUAUCCACCUUUUCUAAGACCAUGUCCAUAUUCUCAUCCUCCUCCAUAUCCUAGUAGAAGAGAUAUUCAACGACGUAAAUGUUACAAAUGUCGACGACCAGGACACUUAAGAAAAGAAUGUCCUUACUAUUCUCAAGAAUAA